UUAAAGAUGUAUUUGUCUUAAUUUUUUAUGACAUAUAGCAUAAUAUGUAAUUGCCCUGUUUAGGGCAACUUGUAGUUGGCAUUGUAACUCUUCUGGAAAUUCUCUACUAAUUUAUUAGUAUAAAUUCUCUACUAAUUCUGGAAAUUCUCUACUAAUUCUCUCCACUAAUAAUGAGCUUUUUAGCCUAGGCAAAAUAGUUGUGAUUCACCUACUGUUUUUCAGUAAUUUUGUGUAUUCUGCAUUUAAUUAUUUUGUGAAGAAUUUUGCUUUAAGCAGCAAUGACCCCUAAGGUGCAGUUAAAAAAUGUUACAUUUCUCAAAUAACAAGGUUACUUCAAAUUUUAUUUGAGUGAAAUGUUUCUCUUUAAAGAAAUCAUCAAAAAUUAGGAACCAGGAUUGAUGCCACAUUUUCAGGAAUAAUAAUUCUGAAAUAAGUGAAUUGGCUAGUAAAUAUAAGUGAAGUGGCUGGGCAAAUUAAAUAAAUAUAAUGUUUUAAAUAUUUUAGUUCUAAAAAUAUAACUAUUAACUUCUUAAUUGUCACAGAAAGAUUGAAUUUGGUUAUUUUUUUCUCAAUCAAAAAAUAAAGUAUUAUGAAAUUAUUUAAUAUUUUUAAGAACUAAGUUUAUCUUAAAUCAUUGUAAAUAAGUUAGUUGAUGGUGUAUUUAAUAAUUAAUUGAUAGAAAUUAUGUAUUUGUCAAUAACAAAAUACUUAUGAGUAAGCAUUUGCAUGAAUUUAUAGCAUCAUAAGAUGAAUUGACCUUAAGUGUCACCUAAUCUAGCCCAGCGGACAUUCUUCAAUUGCAAAUACAAAUCCUCCUUAGUUUCUGGGGGGCUGUGGUUUUCUACUUUUUAGUACAGGAGCCUUCCCUUCUCAAGCCUCAUUUCCUCUCCUUUCUGGCUGUCCUCCUUUUAGAAUGCUUUGAAGACAUAAAAGAAAACAAAUCAACUAUUUGUAAGAUACAUGAAACUAUAAAUACAACAGAUGAGGAAAUUGCUCAUUACUGUAAACAUAGUAAUGAAAUCAAAGACAACUGUAGUAACUGGAAGCCAACAUGUGAUGUUUUUCAUAAACAUGAAGAUUAUAUGCAGGACCAGUUUACUGUUUAUCAAGAAACCAUUGAAAAAGACAAAAAAAUGUAUCAUGAUUAUGUAUGUCAGUAUAAAGAAGUUUUGAAGCAAUACCAACUAAAAUAUUCAGAAACACCCUUUUCACGUGAAUAUUAUGAGAAGAAAAGAGAACAUGAAGAAAUUCAAAAGAGAGUGUUGGCAUGUUCUGAACAACUAAAAAUGAAUGAAACUAUUCUUAUGGAAUUUCUAGUGCCUGCACCCUUUCCAUCACUUCUAAAGUGGACAUUACACAUAGUUAAUCUGAGAUGUAAAACACAAGAUAUCCUCAAACAUGCCAACAGUUUUACCAAAAGUUCAUCUGAAUUGAAGAAAGAAGCAGAUGAAGCAGAAAUGGAAAUUAAUUCAUUAAACAAGCUGAUUGCAAGACUUUAUGAAACCAAGAAUCUUUCAGAAACUCUUGAAGAAAAGAAAAAAAGUACAGAAAAGAGAAAGGAAUUGAAAGAAAGGUAUAGAAUUUUUGAAAAAGAUGAGCAUAUGCUUGUAUUGAAUAAAAUCCCUCAAAGCACUCAAUUAUUUCUUCCUUAUGAACCUCAUAAAUUAGUAAGACCAAAAAAGAUGCAUUCUUCAGAACCAAGAGUUACAGAUAACAAAGAAGAAUUUUCUGUGCAGCAGUCAAAGCUUGCCAACAUUGACUUCAGACAAAAGGAAAAAGACCCACACGUAUUUAAUGAUUCUGGUGCGAAUAACAAUUCAAAAUGUUCACAUGUUACUGAUAUUAAAAGUUCACAAAAUUUUAUGCAGUUCAGACUGUUAACUCCUCAGAAACGAUCAAACAACAAUCAGUGGUUUGAAAAAAGACAAACAGAUGCUGAGUGUGGAGAAAAAGGGACAGUAAGACAAUUAAGAGAAUCAAAAUGCACUUCACAACCUAUACAUACAGAACAUUUUGGAAAGUCAAUAGAAGAUAAUAGUGAUGAAGUAGAAGAAAGGCCUGAGAAUUUUCCACGAACUCCUGAAAUUCCUAUAUUUUUAAAAACUCCUGAAGCUAUGAAGUCACAUGAAUCUUUGGAGAAAAUACAGUUUCCUAAAGCUCCCUCAUUUGAAAUAAAUGCAGUACCUGAAGGUCAAACACAAAAAGAAUCCUCUGGAUUUUCAUUUCUUACAAGUUAUACUUCUAGAUCACCUAGACUGAAUUUAUUUGAUUCUUCUGUAUUUGAUUCAGAAAUUUCAUCAGAUCAGCUUAAUGAACAUUAUUCUGAAGCAAAUCUAAAUCCUCCCUCAUCACAACAAGGAAUUGGAAAUUUAUUUGGGAAACCAGAAGGAGAAGACACCUUUACAUUUUCUUUUUCAUCAGACACUUCAGCUCAUACAUUUGGAACUGGAAAAGAUGAUUUUAGUUUUCCCUUUUCUUUUGAACAGGAUCAAACAAUACCUUCUUCUUCAUUAAAAGGUUUUUCAUCUUCCUCACAAAAUACGGCACAAUUUACUUUUUUUUGAACUAGUUAUUAAUUUUUGAAUUAUUUUAAUAUUUUAUAAUCAUCUAGGGCAUAAAUUUACAUUAUUACUAAAAACUGAAGAUACUCCUUUUUUGGUGAUGAAAUGAAAUGGUUUACCAUAGUGAAAUUAUUUGAUUAUAUUAAUUUAAAUAUUUAAAUAUUGAAUAUUUUUUAUUUAUGACAUUAGCUAGUCAUUUAUUUUGGUUUUGAUUUUGCAAGGCAUACCCAGGCAGAACUUUUGUUAAUCUGAGUAAAAUUUGAUACUUCUUCCAUUACUCUUUAUUAUAAAUAUAAAUCUGUUUAUUCCUGGAGUCCAAAUUUCAUUCUUAAUGGUAUUUUAGUUGUUUUCAUAAGAAGAAUUCCUGAGGUCAUCAGAAGACUUUUUAGUGGCAAUUGUUUAGAAUUAGUGCUCGGGUAUACUAUAGCAACUAAACAUUUUUUUUUUAACAAUUAUUGGGUUUCACUUAUGCAUCAGUGUUCUAGAAUGUGAAUGGUAUUCUAAUAAUCAUUUCAUAGAAUUUAUUAUUGACAGUGAAUGAAAUCUCUGUUGUU